AUGGGCGACGCCGGCGCUAGCACUUCGCCUGCUUCCUCAGAUGUCGACGUGGUCAUUAUCGGAGCAGGUUUCUCCGGCAUCGCCACGCUAUAUCGUGUCCGCAAACUCGGCCUCAAACCGCUCAUCCUAGAAUCUGCGGACGACUUCGGGGGAGUUUGGAAGCAUAACUCGUAUCCUGGCGCUCGUGUCGACUCAGAAUGGCCAUACUAUCAGCUUAACAUCCCCGAAGUAUACAGGACUUUCUCUUUUACAGAGCGAUUUCCUGGUCAUGUCGAGCUCAAAAGGUAUAUGGCUCAUAUUGACAAAGUUCUCGGAUUGAGAAAGGAUGUUCUUUUCAAUGCACAUGUCGAUGAUUGCUCCUGGGAUGAAGGUAGUGGCAGAUGGACAGUGAAGACACGACAGGGUCAGGUUGCAACUGGUAAAUAUUUGAUUUUGUGCACUGGACUGCUACACAGGAGACACUACCCUGAAUUUCCAGGCUUGGAGAAUUUCAAAGGCGUUGUCCACCACUCAGGUUUCUGGCCAGAGGAUCUCAGCACGAAAGGAAAGAAAGUCGCGCUCAUCGGAGCGGGUGCAACGGCUGUACAGAUCACACAAGAGGUCGCGAAGGAUGCUGACCAGCUGACAAUCUUUAUGAGAAGACCCAGCUAUUGUCUACCCAUGAUGCAGCGCUCUCUCACCGAGCUCGAAAACAGAGGGUUCCAGGCCUACUACGACACACUCCUACGAGAAGGCAGAAAUAGCCAAGCUGGCUUUCCCGGCCCAAGAUCGUCGAGGAGUGCUCUUGAAGGAACACCAGAGGAGCGCGAGGCAUACAUGGAAGACUUAUGGUCAAGGGGCGGCUUUCAAUUCCUCAUGGCUUUUGCAGAUGUGACCAUUAACGAAGAAGCGAACAAAGUCAUGUAUACCUUCUGGCAGAAAAAGGUUGCAGAACGCAUGCGGCCUGGCAAGAAAAGGGAUCUGAUGGCACCUCCUUUGGAGAAGAUGCCGUAUUUCAUCGGCACGAAGAGAUGUCCACUUGAGCAGGAUUACUACGAAUGUGUGGAUCAGGAUAAUGUCGAUGUUGUUGAUAUGAAUGAGAAGAAGCUCAAGUCGUUCACGGACAAGGGCAUUGUGUUUGAGGACGGCACGGAGACGGAAUUUGAUCUGCUGAUUCUUGCGACGGGGUUUGACAGUUUUUCUGGAUCAAUCACAAACCUAGGUCUGAAGAACAAAGACGGCAUCGACAUCAAAGACAUUUGGAAAGAAGGCAUCAAGUCAUAUCUAGGUAUGAGCUUUGGCGGUUUCCCAAACUGCUUCAUGAUAUAUUCUCCACAUGCACCGACAGCACUAUCGAAUGGUCCGACUAUCAUCGAAGCUCAAGCAGACAUGAUCAGAGACUUCAUCUCUAACCUUGAAGCUGCAAAUGUCAAAUCCAUCACACCACAAGGUGAGGCUCAGGAGGAGUGGGUUGAAAUGGUGGAUAAACUCAACAGCUAUACAUUGUUCCCUUUGACUUCUUCGUGGUGGACGGGAGGUAAUGUGCCUGGCAAGAAAGUUCAGCUCUUGACGUACAUCUUAGGUAUUGAUCGGUACGAGGCACAGUGCAGGGAAAAAUUGGACGAAUUGAAGGGCUUUGAUGUUGUGUAUGCGGAUAGCAAGGAAAAGCUCGUGACAGAUAUGCCUAAGGCGGCGGUGGCUUCUUAG